GAGGAGAAGGAACAUCUACACAGGCGUAAAAAAAGGAGGAGAGGAGGUGGAGGAGGAGGAGGGAGGGUGGAGGCUGUCACCUCUCCACGGGGGGUUCAAUCUGUGUUGUCAUGGACAAAUAUCGACCAAAGAGGCCCACCUCGCUAGCUUUAAUGCCACAGCGAGCACAAGCCGGCACCCAGGACACCAUCAACAACAACUCUUUAGGUAAGAAAGACAGCUGGAAGGACUCCCGAUCUUCAUCCCCACACAUUACAGGGGAUCGAACGCAAUCCGAUAGUCAACCAAAAGCAGAGGACAAAGUCAGACCUUGUACCCGCCGCCCUGCCCCGAAAGCACCAACCAGCAGUGGGUCCAACAGCAGAGCCAGCUCUCAAGCUGCAGCUGGCGCUACUCAUGUCCGUCCACGGGAAAGAGAGCCAACAGGGGCCACGCACACACAGUCAUUUAGCACACAGAGCAGCCAACGGAGAGGGGGCGCGGUGGGAGGAGGCAGAGGGAGAGGAGGAGGAGGAGGAGGGAGAGGAGCAGCUGCGAUGAGAGAGAGAAGCUUGGGGGACAUCAGAGGAAAGGAUGGAGUCACAUCAGGGAAGGAAGAAAGAAGAGGAGGAAGACUGUGCGAUGAAUCCAAGGGCAAGGAGAAAGAGCGAACAUUAAACCACAGAGCUAAAGAAACAAAUCGACUAAAAAGCUCCGGGGCGGAUGGAAAGGGGAAACUAUGUGCUAAAGGGGAAAACAAAGCAGGGAGGGGGAAACUCAACCACUCCAUUUCUAACCAGGUUUACCUGACAGCCAUGGUGGUCCCGCGUACGCCUGUAGCACCAAGAAAAGAGGACAAGACCAAGAUUCAAGGCCAAAACCAUGACAGGAAAAGUUCUUCCCGGUCCAAUAGCGAGGGGGGGUCCAACAGAAUGUCCAUUAGCUCAGACACAGAGGGACCCCCACCAGAACCCCUGCCUCCGCCUCUAUCCAACAGAGCUAACCCUGAUAUCAGAGAAGAAGAAGCAGAAGGAGGUCUAUCUUCCACCGGGAAAGCCCAUGAUAGUCCAGAAUCGUUCCUUAAAGGUCCAGAAUCAUCCCUUAAAGGCGACACUAAAUCAGAGACACACUGUACCCAGUCAGAGGUGGAGCCAACGCAAGGAAAGGGUGAUAAUAACAGUGAGAGCACCAAAUCUACCAAUCCGAGCAAUCCGUCAGCGCCACAGAUUAUACCAAAGAGUGAAGCGUCUGCAUUGUUGAAUUAUGAUUCUGUUAAAUACACUUUGGUGGUUGAUGAACACGCUCAGUUGGAACUGGUCAGCCUCAAGGACUCCUUGCACAAUAAGAGCGGACACAAUGAAGAUAGUGAUACGGAGACGGUUUAUCAAUCAGCCAAUGAGGAGGAAGACCCAGAGUAUAAGGAGGAGAGGAAGAAAAAAGAGGAAGCAAAGAAACAAGAAUUGAGGAAAGAAGAAGAAAUCAGAAGAAAGGAGGAAGAGAAGAAAAUGAAUGAAGACUUGAAGCGACGGAGGGAAGAGGAGGUGAAGAGGAGACGGGAAGUGGUGGCAAGGGUCUGUAAGCACCCCAAGGCAAUACCGGCCAAAACAACAGAAGAAGAGGAAUCUAAUGGAGGAAAAGCAAGUGCACCCAGAAGCAAGAAGUUUCUUAACCUGUUUUCUACUGACGGCGACUACAGUUCUACUGGUGCUGGCUCUUUCAGUAUGUUUUCCUGUGUGCUGGAUGGAGUGGAGAGACAGCAGAGCCAUAGAGCUGUAUACAGGUUUGUUCCCCGCCAUGCUGAUGAGUUAUACCUGGAGACAGAUGACCCAGUCUUAAUUGUCAAACAGUCCGAGGACCUGUGGUGUCAGGGUUACAACAUGAGGACUGGGGCUACUGGAAUCUUCCCUGCUUUCUAUGCCGUCAGGGUGUCCAAAAAUACCAACAAAGGGCAAAAGGAUGGUUGGAUCGAACAGUUCCUGGUACGAUUCCUGGGUUCUGUUCAAGUCCCCAGUCACAAAGGCAACGAUGUUCUGUGUGCCGCCAUGAGGAAGGUUGCAUAUAAUAGGCGGUUAGCGGGGCAGCCUCCCUCGCCCUGUUUGCUUGAGGUCAGUGUGAGGGGUGUGAAGAUCAGUGUGCAGGACCAGUGUCACUCUGCUCACAGGGGAGAACAGUGUUUCCAUUUCUUCCAUUUGAAGAACAUCUCGUUCUGUGGCUGCCAUCCAAAACACAGCAAGUAUUUUGGUUUCAUCACCAAACAUCCCGAGCAACACCGCUUUGCCUGCCAUGUCAUGAUGGCAGAAACAAGUUUACACCCUCUGGCCAAGUCAGUAGGGAAGGCCUUCCAACAGUAUUACAAGGAACACAUUGGCUACUCUUGUCCUACUGAAGACAUCUUCAUUGAAUAGCUCAGCUUUUCCAGUGUAGUGACAAAAUGUCCUAAAUAUUGGUGAUGUGCAUGUCUGAAACAUCCUUUUGUGUAGCUUUAUCAUCCAGGUCACUUUAAUCCACAAAGGCUGAUUCAAAGGCAAAUUGACUGUCUUUGUCAUGAAAGAAAAUAGGUAGUGGACAAGAAAAACAGAGAUAACACUAGCCACGUAUACAUGGACCCAAGUAUUCCAAUUCCAUUUGGGUUAUUUGCUCAAACGGAAAGAAUCUAACCUUUGUAUACGCCUCAUUCCGAAAAAAAAGUGCCAAUCCGAAUGAAUAUAUUAUCGGAUUCACUGGGGUGGAAUAUUCCUUUCCCCAAUCCGAUUGAGGUAUCUUGUACCCGCUCAAUCGGAAAGUUGUCAGACAGCGUUCUUCUUCGUGGUGUUUUUCUUCUUCUGUUGUUUAUUGGCGGUUGGCAAGCAGCUUUCGUGUGCAUUAACGCCAUCUGUGGAACAGAAUCUAAACCCUUCUAUACGCCAUUCACAAGUCCAGUUUUAUUAAAAAAGAAAAUACAUCUAUAUAAAACAUGUGCCGAGCUUAAUUAUAAAAUAUUAGCAAGAUUGAACUUUAUCUUUUCCUGUUCCUGGGUGCGUUCUUUCAGCGAAUGCUGAGAUAUGACGUAACACGCAGCUCGAGACGUUCUUCGAUUUAAAAAAAUGAAGGCGAGCAAUCGGCACUGGACUGCUAGGGAAAGUUUGUUUUUGAUUCAAACUAAAUUUCAAGACUGGAUGAACGAAAAACUGGCAAUACGGAGUUAUUCCAACAAAUGAAAGAAAAACUCGAGGAAGUCGGUAUCACGUGAUGUUGGUGUUUACAAUUUACUGCGCAUGCCCCAUUGACUAUUCUGGUUGAUUAUAGCGGUGCAUGUAGACACGCCAUUGGAAUAUUCCUUUCCAUGUAUACCAUUGCUUUCGGAAAGGUCAUUCGGAAAGAUUCCAAUCGGAAAGAGAAAAACUCCUCAUGUAAACGUGCCUAAUGUUUUGUUUCCGAACUUAGCCAGUGUGUCACAGAUCUGCAAGCACAGUAACUAACUGCUCUACCAUAGAAAAACGAUUGCAAAGAACUCAGGAAUGAUGUAAAUAUCAAUAAACCGCUGAGGAAGCAUAUGGACAAAAUAGUAGCAGUUAUUAUAGACAUACAUUACAUUUAAUGAGCAGCAACAUUAAUUAAUGUUGGAAUUUUUUUUCCUGGUCACGUCACUGGGUAGAGUUCAUCCCUUAGUGAUGGGUGGUGGAUUCAUACCACCAUCAAUUCAACCGAUACCAAAGUUUCUGAUACUGGCAUCGAUUCUUAUAGUAUAACUCAAUAUAAUACGGCUACAGUCUUAAUUAUACACAGGUACCAAAAACCGAAACAAGGUAAUUUUCCCUAAAGGAAAUCAUGUAAAUCCGAUGAAUCCUUAUAACCAACAUCUCAAACAAACCAGACUCUCAUGAUUUUGGAUUGAAAGGUCUUCAACUCCUAAGAAGUCCAAUUGGCUUUGAGUCAACCUUUAUGUGGAUGGAGUCAUCUACUGUCCAAUUUCUCCCAUAGAAAUGUCUUGAUUGUUGAUUGUGACCACAUGUCAACAUAUAGCACAACUGCCCUGGAACAUGCAUAUCUAAUACAAAUGUAUUUUCUUACACCUGUAAAGGUCAGAGGAAUACAAAAAUCAUGUUUCUGAAUAUCAACACACAGAACCUUUGAUUAACUCACCAAUUGACCGUAUAGAACCGGGGUGGGCAAACUUUUGACUCGCAGGUCACAUGACAUAAUUGCUCACGGUGCAUCUGCAGCAAAUUAUUCAUUCAUUCAUUCAUUCAUUUUCUACCGCUUAUCCUCACGAGGAUCGCAGGGGUGCUGGAGCCUAUCCCAGCUGUCUUCGGGCAAGAGGCGGGGUAUACCCUGGACUGGUCGCCAGCCAAUCACAGGACAAACAACCAUUCCACAGCAAAUGAACACAUAACAAAUCAACUACUACUACUACGGGUGAUAAACAAAACUGUUAUUUCCAAAUACCCGCAAGGCAUGCUGGGUAGUCCAGCUGCAACAACAACAUAAACUAUGACUUUUAACUAUUAACUCCUCCUUUUUUUACUUCUCUGACAACCUCCUCCACAUAUUUUCUAUCUGUUAUAUCUGUAUCUGUGGUGUGGAUGGCUUUUGGCCUCACAACUAGGAGACCCGGGUUCAAUUCCACCCUCGGCCAUCUCUGUGUGGAGUUUGCAUGUUCUCCCUGUGCAUGCGUGGGUUUUCUCCGGGUACUCCGGUUUCCUCCCACAUUCCAAAAACAUGCUAGGUUAAUUGGCGACUCCAAAUUGUCCAUACUAGGUAUGAAUGUGAGUGUGAAUGGUUGUUUGUCUAUGUGC